AUGGGCUGCUGCAGCGGACGAUGCACGCUCAUCUUUAUUUGCACUUUACAGCUGGUUUUAGCUUUGGAAAGGCAAGUCUUUGACUUCCUCGGUUACCAGUGGGCCCCCAUCCUUGCUAACUUUUUCCACAUCAUCAUUGUAAUCCUGGGCCUCUUUGGAACCAUCCAGUACCGGCCACGCUAUAUCAUAGUUUAUACAGUAUGGGCUGCACUUUGGGUAGCCUGGAACGUCUUCAUCAUCUGCUUUUAUCUGGAUGUAGGAGGCCUGUCAAAGGACAGCGACCUGCUGACGUUUAACAUAUCGGCUCAUCACUCUUGGUGGAGUGAACACGGUCCCGGCUGUGUGAGGAGAGAGAUGCCCCAGACCCCCGGAGUGCACGCCACAGAGAGCCACUCCUACAUCACCGUCAUGGGCUGUUUCAUGGACUACCAGUACAUUGAGGUCAUGCACAGCAGCACGCAGAUCCUCGUUGCUCUCCUGGGCUUCGUGUACGCCUGCUACGUUGUCAGUGCUAUCACCGAGGAGGAGGACAGCUUUGAUUUUAUUGGUGGAUUUGAUCCAUUCCCACUCUACCAUGUCAAUGAAAAACCAUCCCAUCUCCUCUUAAAGCCUAUGUACCCGUCUACGUAAAUAGAAAACCUCCAGUGAGGGGAGAUGAUGCAGCAGAUUCCCACAGAGCCAACAUGGCUGUUUUCACACGCCGACCGUCUGGAGUUCCUCCCCGUCUUGAUUUCAGAACUUUAAACAUGUCAUUUUACUGGUGUGCUUCCCAGAAAAGCCUGCAUUUCUCCACAAGAGUCCAUUGUGACUGGAUUUGGGAAUGAGGGGGGAGAGUUAGCAUAAACAAAGCGUGUAUUUAGGAAGAUUUGUGUACUUUUUUUUUUUCUGUGAUAUUUACCAUGGGUUAAUGCUGUGGACUGUGUAGAAUAUGUGCAGCUCAUGAAUACUUUGUAAGAAAGGAGUGUCCACGUCUCCGAUGUAGCACAUCAUCGCAGGUUUGGCUCAGAUCUCGGCCGUAGAGGCUGAUUUACAGAGAGAUCUGUGAAGUGAGCCGUGUACUUGUACGCAUAAAUACAGAAGCAAAGCAGGAAGAGAGGGAGCGGAGAGGUGGAGAGGGAACAAAAGCACCAACACUACAGAGGAAAUCUGACAAAAAUAGAAAAUGUAAAUCAUGAAAUUCAGAGUUGGAAUUGUGAC